AUGUCCGCUGUUGUUAUCGACGCUGUCGGUCAUCUUGUCCACGAGUGCUCGUUCCGCUUCGAUGACCGUUUCCCGCAGUAUGACACGGACAAUGGAGUGCUGCGUCCGACAACGGACGAGGUGGUUGUCCCGUCGCUUCUCUUUGUCGAGUCGCUGGAUGCCAUUUUGGAUGAACUGAAGAAGAGCACUUCAGUUGAUGUUGCAAAGAUCAAGAGCGUCAGUGGCAGUGCACAACAGCACGCGUCCGUGUAUUGGCACAAAGACUUUUCGUUGCGUACGUGCUUGGACGUCGCCGCAGAGUCAAAUACCCUCUCACUUUUAGAGGCGAUGAAACAGCAGACGCAUCCGGCUUUCUGUCUACCCAAUGGGCCCAGCUGGAUGGACAGCUCGACAACACGAUAUUGCACCGAGUUGGAAGCUGCUCUUGGUGGACCUGAUCGAGUCGCUGAGAUCAGCGGAUCUCGAGCGUACCCGCGCUUCACUGGCAACCAAAUUGCCAAGAGGAUACACGAGGACCCAGCGCUGUUGGAAAGGUGCGGACGUAUUGCAUUGAUUUCGUCAAUGCUGACGUCGCUCUUGUACGGCAACUACGCCCCAAUCGAUGACAGCGAUGGAUCGGGUAUGAACCUCCUAGAUGUGCGAAAGCGAGUAUGGUCCCCAGAGCUUCUUCGGGCCACUACCAGGCACAGCAAUGAUGCCAAUGCUGCGGCACAAUUGGAGACGGCAUUGGGCCCGCAGGUUUCGCGAGCGUAUUCGCCAGUGGGUGUGAUUCACACAUACUUUCAAAAGAAGUACGGCUUUGCUGCCGAUUGCAAGGUGGUUCCAUUCUCCGGUGACAAUCCGUGCACGCUCGCUGGCAUUGGUCUGUCCCAGCCAGGUGACGUUGGGGUCUCGCUGGGCACAUCCACCACGCUCUUUGCUGUAGUGCCUACAAGUGCCGCGCGUUUCUCGGGCAAAGAAGGGCAUUUCUUCUGCAACCCGAUUGACCCCAGCACUUUUAUGGCCAUGAUCUGCUUUAAGAACGGAUCGCUUGCACGCCAAGAAGUCCGAGACCGUUGUGCAGGUGGAUCAUGGGAGAAGUUCGAGGAGCUAAUGCAAGCCACGAGGACGGGCAACGACGGCAUCACCGUGUUCUACUACCAGGACUCUGAAAUCACGCCAUCUACUCGCAAGGCUGGUGUCGUUGGCUUUGAUGCCAGCAGUUCCCAGGUCGACCCUUCAAUGCUGCCACCUGAAGUGGAAAUUCGUGCCGUGGUCGAAAGCCAAUUCCUGUCGCUGCGUCUGCACGCAGAACGACUAGGAGUCAACAAGCCGCGGCGUCUUGUCGUUGUUGGUGGGGCGUCAACGAAUAAGUGCAUGCUGCAGGUUCUUGCGAAUGUGUUUGACACGCAAGUGUAUCGCCUCGCCUGCACCUCCCACCCAGCAGCUCUUGGUGGGGCCUUUCGUGCCUGUCAUGGAGUUGCCUGUGCUAACAGCGCGUCCGGGUACGUUCCGUUCGACGUGAGCAACAGCUUGGACUUUUCACUGAGUGCUAGUCCCAUCGCUGACGCUACCAAGAUCUAUACCCACGAGAUCCCUCGGUUCGAGUCGCUGGAGGGUCAAGCUGCGAGUCUACUCAGCUAA